AUGACGGGUUAUGUGGGUUUCACCUUUUUACUAGCUGUCCAGAUUGCCGGCGUUUAUUCUUUACCAACUUGUAAAACCGGGAAAACGCACGACUAUGCCCAAUACCUGAACGACGGACGAAUCUGUUGCAAUAGCUGCCCUGCAGGGCAGCAUAUGAGUAAACCUUGUACGGCGGAUAAUCCGAGUACUACGGAGUGUAAAACGUGUGAAAAUGGAACAUACACCAAAAUACCAAACAUAUUGGGUGAUUGUCGUCUCUGGCGUAAGCCAUGUAAUCCUACCACUCAGGUGAUCAAGUUACCGGGUUCGAAUGUCAAUGACCGCGAGUGUGAUUGCAAAUCUGGUUACUUCAGAUCUGCCGACGAUAUUCAUUGCCACAAAUGGGCUGAAUGUGACGUUGGCAAGGGUGUAAUCGUAGCAGGUGAUGCAUAUAAUAAUGUUCGUUGCGCCGAGUGCAAGGAAGGAACAUUCAGUGACAAAAAAGACGCCUUGCAGCCAUGUUUGAAUCACACAAUAUGUGAGAUGAAAGGAUUGCAGACAUUGGCACCAGGAACAACAAAAUCUGACGCAAUAUGCUCAGAAACAACACAGAUUACCAAGAUACACACAGAAGGGAAUACAGUAGAGAGAGUUAGCUCCGCGGAAAAAGUAAAUCCCGCAGAUAUAUCAGACCAAGAGGAGCCAGAUCAAAAAGGGUCUUCUAACCAGACAAGUGUAGCUGGAAUAGUAGUACCAUGUGUCAUAAUUUUGAUUAUCAUCAUUGUAAUAUUGUACACAGUUUUUAGUAGACCUCAAAGAGUACACCCUUAUGGAGACCAAGGCGUUCGCUAUGCAGUGCGAAGUGAGAUGUGCAUCCUACCCACAAAUGAAAAUGAUGAAGUUCAUCGCAGACAUAUACAUGAAAGUAAUGAGCUUGUAAAUAAGGACACAGAAUCAAAUCCAGCAGAUACUACGAUUCAUAUUGAUCCAUGUGAUGAAAAUGACGAAAGCAUCCCAAGUGAUGACAUGCCUGCUGGUGCUGAUGCGACAGAUUUCCCUGGAAAGGAUAAUCUGGUACAACAAGGGUCUAUUCUAAUUGGCAUUGAUGGUGAUUCAAAAGCUCAGGGUAACGUGCAUGGUAUAAUAAAGACGAAUAAUAAGAAAGAACCCAGUUUGGUAUUCGGAAUAAAUGAUACAGAGACAGCAAAAAGUAUCUCAUCUGAACAUUUUUUAAGAAAAGUACUAGAAGUAGGAACGGACGACUUCAAUCAAUGCACAAAAGAGCCAUCUAAAAAUAUUAACGAUGUAAAUGAAAGACUAAGUUCAGUAUUUGGAGUAAGUGAUACAGUGGCAGCAAAAAAUAUUACAUCUGGUCGAUUUUUAAGACAAGUAGUAGAAGGGAAAGCGGAUGGUAAUAGAUCAGCUGAUGAAACGAAGAAAUGCAAGGAAAACCCUGCUAAAAGUAUUGACGAUCUAUCUGACAAACCAGUAUUUGGAGUAAGUGAUACAGAUGCAGCAACAGGUAUCACAUCAGAGCGUCUUUUAAGAAAAGUAUUAGAAGAAAAAACGGACAACUUCGAUGAAAGUAGACCAGCUUAUAAAAUGUAUCAGUGCACGGAAGACCCUGCGAAAAAUAUUGACGAUCUAUAUGAAAAGGAAGCGAGAUCUCCAGUAGAAGAAACCCCAUUGCUCAACACGACAACAUCGGAAGAGCCAAUAUGGGAAGUAGAGACGACCUACACUAAAGACGAUAACGAAAGUACGCUGAGUGAUCGAAGUGAUGAGUCCAAUACAGCCUGCAAAAAGAUCUGA